ACAACAAGACGGUGAAGCUGAGCUCAAUAAGACGUAAAGUUUAGUGUCCCUUAACAACCUUAACAACAAGACGGUGAAGCUGAGCUCAAUAAGACGUCAAGUUUAGUGUCCCUUAACAACCUUAACAACAAGACGCCUCACCUCCACCUUGAUCAAAUACAUAAUACCACAAUGGCUGCCCAGAAAUUCACUUUAUCUUUCUCGAAGACAAUAGAGAAGAAGUGUCUUCAGCCUUCAGCCAUCAGGAACGAGGUUCCAGCUGAAGUCAAGAACACAACUGAAGUUUUACAAUCCAUCGAGGAAAAUGUCUUGAAAACAGAUGGUCCAACAGAGGAAGAAGAGUUGGUCAUUCCACUGGUGAAGGCAGACAGAGCUGCAGUCUUCCAAAAAUUGGUGGAAAAGCUCAAGGAAUCAAAACGUAAAGAGGAAGACGAAGAAGGUUCAAAGAACCCUGCAACUGAGGAGGAAACGAACAAAGAACAACCCAGGAUCUUAACACUGGAUGAACAAGCUGAAGCGGCAUUGUUGGAAGAGAGCAAGAGGAGGCUUGACACUUACAGUGACCGAGGGACAAAUGACAAUUUUUCCAUCUCCUUGACCGCUAAGGAAGAGAAACUUGAAACUAAAGUAGUUGACCUUGGUAAAGAAUCUUCUCUUGAUGAUUAUGAUCAGGUUGAUGUAUCUGUUUAUGGAGCAGCACUUCUCAGGGGGAUGGGAUGGAAGAAGUCCGAAGGCAUUGGUCGAGGAAAUAAAAAAGUGGUAGAAAUCAUUAAUCCAUCUUCAAAAACGUUUGGACUGGCCGGUAAGAGACCUGAAAAUGAAGCAGUUGCAAGUAAAGGAGGUGCUCAAGAAGAGGAGUUAACCCUUGCCAAAGGAUCAUGUGUGUUAAUUCACAGUGGCCGGCAUCGUGGGACAUAUGGAACAGUGGAGUCACUGGAUGAAGACCACCUUUUAGUAAAGGCCGCAGUAAGCCAAAAUGUAAUCCGAGAAGUGGAAUUAAAUGUGAAAGUUGUUUCACAGAAGGAGUUUAAAGACAUGUCAAGGGUCAUUAACAAAGAUAUGUAUGAUAAGUUUAAGGAAGAGGAAGCAAGAAAGAAAGACAAACUGAAAAAAACAGUGAAAGAGGGUGAUGCAAACAGCGGUGAUGAGGAAAACAAGAAAACACUAAAAGGAGAGCAAAAGUUAGAGAAAACAUGUAAACAGGAAGAAAUUCUCAGUGGUAGAGAAGGAAAAAAAGUGAGCAAACAUAAUGAAUCAUCCAAGGUUGAACUAAAGCUUAUUAAUACAGAACUGACAAGAGAAACAGAAGAUAUAGAAAAAGCAAGUAGACACAGUAAUGAUAGCAAGUGUGGAGGAGAAUAUGAAAGAAACAAAGCUAAGAAAGAUCAUAACCUAUAUAGCAAAACUUUACCAAGGAAAGUUGAGUCUGAUGUGCUUGAUGACAAACAUCAGUUUGAGAAUAGUAAAAAAAUUGUAGGUAAAUAUUUUAAAUAUGAUAAAUAUGAGGGAACCAAGAAUGAAUUGCCCAAGCACAUUGAUCAUUCUCAAAGUUCAUAUUCAAAUAGCAAGUCAAAAGCCAAAAAAAGAGAAUAUGAAGAUAAUGAUCAAGAAUCAAAUAAGGUUCACAAGGUGCACAAUAGAAUGCCAGUUAUUCCAUGGGUACGAGAAAACCUUCGGGUUCGUUUGAUAAGUAAAAGUUACAAAGGAGGAAGAUAUCACAAACAAAAGGUUAUUGUACAAAGCGUGGAAACAGCCGAAUGCUGUGAAUGUGUCACCGAAGAAGGGAAGGUUCUGAAGCAAGUUCACCCUGCCUGGUUGGAAACAGUCAUACCUAAAGUUCAUCCCCAGAUUGUUAUGAUUGUUAGAGGUCAACAAAAAGGCCAGAAGGGCCGGAUAUUACAGCUGCAUAGAGAACAAGAGAAAGCUUCUGUGCAGUUUCUUGAAGAUCCAACUGUAAUCGUCAAAUUUCAUUACGAUGACGUUUGUGAAUACGUACAAAGAUAGUGAACAGCUAUCUAGAGGUUAACACCAAUACUUUCCAGUGCUGCAUAUUUACCGUUUAUGCUGCUGUUCAAACAUAUAUGUCUCCACUAACUUGAUAAUACAUGACCAAAUACCAGUUUUUUAUAUUUGACCUGUUAAUAAGAAUUGUGUAAAGACUUAAUAAUAUAUUUUUAAAUUA